AUGGCAGGGUCUGUGAGGAGUUCCAUGCUGUCUUCCUUUCUUCUAUUCACUGUCAUUUUGUCUCUUCAAGAAAUGUAUAGAGCAAAGUUAGCUUCAUCAGAGUUAUUCACCAUACUGGGAGGGUUCAGCAGUUCUCUCCUAUUUGUUUUGCUUCUGACGUUGAUUGGAAAUUAUCAAGAAACCUCUGGCAACAGGACUGGAUGGGGUUCUGUUGAUUGGAAAUUAUCAAGAAACCUCUGGCAACAGGACUGGAUGGGGUUCUGGUAA